AUGGCGGAUAAUCCGGUGGAGAAAAGGAAGCGUUGUGGGUUCUUAGGUCUUGUGUUCGGUAGACGUACCUUGUGGUCCAAGAAAUGUUCCGCGGAAAACGGUAGCCAUAGAAGCACAUUGAGUAGCAGCAAUGCCUCUACCGCCACCGCUACCACCAGCAACAUUCAGUUCACCAAAUCUCCUGGUACUGAAUUAAACCCCAAAAAGUCUCAAGAUCAUAAAGUUUCACCUGAGCCGAUCCAAAACCAAAACCAGAACCAAAUACAAAAACCUAUUUCAAAACCUUCAUCAAACCAAUACCCUAAUAACCAUCAAUCAGGAAGUAAUGGGAAUUACCAACCAAGUAAUAAACCAGGACCGGUCCAACAACAACAACCGAGGAAGGUGCCGAGGGAAGCAAUCGGUUUAUCAGGUGAGCUAGAGAGCAUGAUUCUCGAUAACCAGAAAGCAAAAGGGAAUAAUAUGGUUCGAGCAUCUUUUGGCAAUCUUGGGAACUUGAAGCAGCCAUGCGCAUCGGUUGGGAAUCAAACAACUAUUCAGAACAAUGGAUACGGGAAUAGUGGUGGUGGGGGUGGAGGGUAUGGGGUGAGAAAGACGACGCAAGAGGAAAGACAAACAUUGGUUGCACCAACACCGGUUUCAAACAACCAAGACCAGUCAGGAUUGUGUAGGGCGAUAUCGACGCGAAUGGAUCCCGAAACGUUGAAGAUCAUGGGGAAUGAAGAUUACAAGAAUGGGAACUUCGCAGAGGCGUUAGCAUUGUAUGACGCUGCCAUAGCCAUCGAUCCCAAAAAGGCUGCGUACCGUAGCAACAGAAGCGCAGCUUUAACGGCAUUGGGGAGAAUCCUUGAGGCCGUCUUUGAGUGUAGAGAAGCAAUCAGAAUGGAGCCUCAUUACCAUAGAGCACACCAUCGUUUGGCUAACUUGUACCUCAGGUUAGGAGAGGUUGAGAAAUCAAUAUAUCAUAUCAAGCAUUCAGGACCAGAAGCUGACCAAGAUGACAUUUUGAAGGCUAAAACGGUACAAACACAUCUCAACAAAUGCACUGAAGCCAAAAGAUUGCGAGACUGGAAUUGUUUGAUCAGAGAAACGGAGAGCACCAUAGCUUCAGGCGCCGAUGCAGCUCCUCAAGUGUAUGCUUUGCAAGCAGAGGCCUAUUUGAAGAGUUGCAGACAUCAAGAGGCUGAUGAUGCUUUGUCUAGAUGUCCGGUUUUUGAUGUGGAAAUGAGCACAAAAUAUUACGGACCGAUUGGUUAUGCUGGUUUCUUGGUCGUUUGGGCUCAGGUUCACAUGUCUUCCGGCAGAUUCGCAGAGGCGCUUGAGGCGAUCCAGCGAGCUAGCAAGUUGGACGGGAACAACAGGGAAGUGUGUAUGGUUCUCCGGCGAGCUCAGGCGGUGACGACGGCGCGAUCACGAGGCAACGAUUUCUUCAAAGCCGGACGAUUUCAAGAAGCUAGCGCGGCUUAUGGCCAAGGAUUAGACCACGACUCGAGAAACUCCGUCUUGCUGUGUAACAGAGCGGCUUGUCUGUUCAAAAUGGGACAGUUUGAUAGAGCCCUUGAGGAUUCCACAGCAGCACUCAACGUCCGUCCUGGCUACGCCAAGGCUCGACUUAGAAGAGCCAAUUGUAACACUAAGCUCGGGAACUGGGAAUCGGCGAUUAGAGAUUACGAGAUAUUGAAAAAAGAGACACCGGAAGACGAGGAAGUGAUCAGAGGAUUGUCGGAAGCUCAGAUGCAGCUCAUGAAACGCCGUGGUCAUGAUUCUUGA